AUGAAAGCAUACUCACCGCCCUUGUCUUUGUGGCGUCUUGUUGAACAGCAUGUACCUGAGCAUGAACAUGAGGAAAUCAAAUCUAUGUUGGGAGCAUCUCUUGUUGAACAGAGUCAAGAACUUCACGAGGAGAUUGAGAUGCUGCUGGAUAUAUGGAGAGAAAUGAGAGGUGAGAACACUGAAAGUGUUUCACCACAGAGUUCAUUACCAGAACCUCCAGACCAGAGAGACCGGCUUAUUCAGGAAAUCUGCUUCUUUGUGGAUAACGUUAAGGAAAAGGCCAAAGAGAAAGGAAUAGACCCUCAACUUAUUUUCAAGAGACAUAAUUCACAAGUCCUGGAUUAUGCAGCAGAACUUACAAGGCCCGAAUCUUCAGCUAAGAGGACAUCAUCAUCAACGUCAUUAGAUGGACGAGAAACUCCUUUACUGUCUUCAGUUGAUAACAGAGAGAACCUCUCAGUAGAAAUCACAGAUGAAGUUCAAGCAGUGAAUACCAAAUUAAACUACUUGGAUUUUGCCGAAGUUUGUGAAAAUUUGAGGUCUACUCUAGAGAGAGAAGUGGAUCAACUUAUGAAGGACAUCCAGUUUCUGCAGAGCUGCCUGGAUAGUGAGGCUGACUUCAGAGAUAGUCCUGCUCCUAAUCCUUUCAGUAGAGAACCAACACUUUCUGAGCUUAGAGAGGAAAGAUCACACCUGGAGAAAGACCUUUUAGCAACAACCAGAAUUACAGCAACUCCACAUGUAGCUAAACCUAGUUUUAUUCUAAGCAACACGGUUUUGUUGUCAGCACCACCUGAUUUAUCAGCAAGUUCUGCACAGACCUGGCCAUCUCCUCUAAAGGCAGAUCACAGUUUAGUGGGUGCAGUAAGAGAGGACUGUGAUACUGAAUCAGCUGCAUCUGGCACAAGCUUGGCAUUGAAGAACCAAAUUAAAAAGGUCCAACUUUUGAAGUCUCCCAUUCAAACGCAGCAGAAAAAUUGUAUAUCAGCUGUAGAAAGUGACAGAAACCCAAAAUCCUUAAAGUCAAACUUAGAUCAAACCCAGCAUGCAUCAAAAUUGUCAUUAAGAGAAAUAUCACCAGGAAGUUUAUCAUCAAGUAAUAAGAAUGAUACGAAGAAUCUCAGACAGUUGCCAGGCACCAAAGUUUCCAAGAAUACUGAAGGCUAUAAUAAGCAAUUGUCAUCACCAGCCAAAUCAGGGAGAAAACAAGAAAAUGCCAAAGUGACUAUGGGAGUUAUAAGGAGAACAGGAAGUCCAGGUCGUGUGAGAGUUGUUGGACUGACCACGGUGGUCAGCUCCCAGUCCAGCAGAGACAAGAACACUCUGUCAGACUUUUCCUCCACAUCCAAAUCACCUUCUGAUAUCAGUCCAUCUUCUAUUUCUUCAUCACUAAGUAUUGACACCCCAGCAAGACCACGCAGUGCACAUGCUGAUAGAUUCAGAAAGAUGGUGCUGGGGUGCAGAAAUGGAGACUGA